AUUAAAUCUCUAUUUAUGCCCUUUCAGGAUAAAUACGUGCUUAUGUCUCUAGCUAUCUUAUGCAUUGUGAGCAUAUGGCACGCUGCAGUCACUCUGAUUCCCAGCCCUACUGACGAUUUACCCUCAGCCGAUGCCAAUAACACUGGAUCCCAGAUUAUCAGUCUCGGUCUGAAGCCGAUUGACUCUGGUCAGGAAGACAAGUCAUCAGAGCGUCUAAAGCUUUCUGUUGAUGGCAUGCAGAUAUCCUCAAAACUGCCGUCAAAGACUUUAAAGACAGAAGCAUUGGCAGGUACAAAAGUUCUCCCUAAACUGCCUGCAUCUGAAGUGACCUCAGUUGUCACACCUGACAUGGCAACGGCCGAUAGGCUGACCAAAGGUCUUGCUGGUCGACUGCCAGUUCUGGUUGGAACCACCACUUUAAGCACUAACCGAACGUCAGCUGACAAGACCCCCAAGGUUCCAUCUUGGCAAGAGUUCUUUGAACAAGAGACUGGAGGGUUGUUUAAUAAGCAGGUAGACAGAGGGGACUCUUUUUUAUAA